GCCGAGACGGGUAGAGGAAGGGAAGAGUCAGCGGGCGCCAUUUUGGGAGGCCGUAGGGUUCAUCUGCUCCGCACUCGAGCCGACGAAACCCGCGGCCUGCUUCGGACUGUGGCGCCAGAAAGUGGCCUCGUUUCGCCACGGGCGGCGUCGCGGUUGGGGCUGAGCGAGUGGCUCGCCGCUCCUUCCGUUAGGCUGCGGGCAGGAGAAGGAAAAACUCGGGAGUGGGUGGGCGAGGGCAACGAGACGGCCCGGAGUAAGGGCCGCGCGGGGAAACCUGUGGUAGGCAGGCGGCGAGCGAGCGGCGGCCCCGAGUAAUUUUUGGUGGGAGUCUUUUUCGGGGUGCUGAGAGGGGAAGGCAGGGAAGGGUGGGCCGGGGCUCCGCUGCCAAGGAAGAGAGUUGUGGGUGAAGUUCUUGUGCCCGAGGGUGGGGGACCUUAGUCUUUGGUGCACCUGAAGCAAGGGAAAGUAUGUUACACUACAAAAGGGCCUCACGUGUGAUAUAGUUAAAAACGGGGCGAAAAGAAUAUAAGGCCCCAGAAAGAAACGUGGGGUGAUAGGACUACAUAGCAUCUCGCUUUGUUGGAAGACGUUUGGGCAGGGAUCCCUUGACUAGUGUUGCCUCCUGGUUGUGAAAUUUUAAAUUCCCUUGGCUCUUGCCCUGUGAUGAAAAGGGCAUAAGGAAGUUUAUCUGAGAGUGCUAAAGAGGUGUAUCCACAAGCUUGAGAUGUGCCUGUUUCCUGGUUAACUUCCUUUGCUUGACCUCUACCUGUGGAAGAAGAAAAAAGAAAAGAGAUUUGUGUCAAGAGACGUUGCCAGGCUGUGGAUUGGCAGCCAUUUGAUAUCUACAGUUGCCUGUUCUACAAAUUAGAUGAUGGCUGCCAAUAUAGGAGACCAGCAUUCUUCGGAAUGGGCUUCACAGUACAGCCUGGGUACUGCAAAUGUCAGAGAAAACGGGAUGGAAGGCCCAAUGCAUGAGAACCCCGAAUGGGAGAAGGCCCGUCAAGCACUGGCUAAUAUUAGCAAGGCCAAUGCUGCGGCUGCUUCUAGCAACAGUAAAGGUGCCACCAAUGGUCAAGCUAACGCACAGUACACAGCACAGCAAGGAGAAUCCCUGCAGCAGCAGCAGCAGCAGCAGCAGCAGUACUACCAGUGGUAUCAACAAUACAGCUAUCUCUACCCCUAUAAUUACUAUUAUCCUAUGCAAAAUGUCUACCCUGGGUAUGGUUCUCCCGGGCAAUAUGGUGUCCCAGGCUCUUACUCCCCAACAACACCCCAACAACCCCCAGUUCCUGGGUCGCACCAAGGGAGCAUGAGCCAGCCUCCAGUCCCAGGCAUGGAAGAUGGAGGGAUGUCAUACCCAAGCCAACCUCAGCAAAUGCAAAUCCCAAACCCGCCGCAGUCCCCUAUGCAACAUCCUAACCACCCUUCACAGCAUAGCAACCUACCCAUGGGCCCUGGGGGGCAGCAGCAGCAGGGUGGUCCUCCUGGAGGGUUGCACUCUCAGCCAAACCAGUCAAGUGCCUCCUAUAGCCAGCAGCAGCACUCGUACCAGGAAGCAGCCAAGCCCAAGAAAGGACAGCAGCUGUGGAACCGCAUGAAACAAGCACCCGGGUCUGGUGGUCUAAAAUUCAACCUUCCAAAGCGUCCCUUUGUAAUAACAAAUCAGAACUUCAGCCCUUUGGAGCAACAGCAACAUGGAAACUUUGGUUCCCAGCAGAAUUCAGAGAAACGUCACAGUUCUUCAACAGGUAAGCCUGAAGAUUGGCCACAGGACAUGAAGGAGUAUGUCCAGCGCUGCUUCACAGCCUGUGAGUCAGAGGAGGACAAAGACCGCACAGAGAAGCUCCUUAAGGAGGUCCUGCAGGCCAGGCUGCAGGAUGGCACUGCCUACACAAUUGACUGGAGCAGGGAACCAUUGCCUGGCUUGGGCCGAGACAACUUGGCCGGAAGCCCCAAGAAAAAACAGCAGCGCUGGGAGAUGCCUUCUCUCCACUCGCCGCGUGCCUCCAUGCAGUCAAGUCUCGCCCAACAGCAGCAAAGGAGUGGUGGGGGCAAUCCUCAGCCCCAGCGAGGGGGAGGUAGUGGAGUUGCUGGGACUGGCCGGGCUCGUGGGAAUGGCUUCCCCACCAAAUUUGGAAACCGGAAUGUUUUCAUGAAGGAAAACAGCUCGUCCUCAAGCGUUGAUUCACGUUCUAGGUCAAGGUCGUCUUCACGAUCUCCUAGUCGCCACUUCCGAAGGAGUGAUUCAGACUCAGACAGCUCCUAUUCGGGAAAUGAGUGUCGCUUGGGUGGCCGCAGGAACACUCAGAAAAACCGAGGGCGUGGGGGCCACAUGGACAGAGGGCGGAUGAGAGCACAGCGAGGAAAAAGGCAUGACCAAGGUCCUCCCAAGCGCAAUCGGAAACGCAACACCAUGGAUUAUGAAGAUCCUGAAAAGGAGUUCAAGAAGGAACGGCGGGCAGCACGCUUCCAGCAUGGGGCCCAUUCCAAAAAGCUGCGUCUGGAGCCCCUAAUCCUGCAGAUCAAUACCCUUGACACUAUUGGCUCUGAUGGCCUUGACUGGAAUGAGCUGAAGAUUGUAGGCACCUGCCAGGAGAUCACAAAGCAUUAUCUACGCCUCACUUGUGCACCAGAUCCCUCUACUGUCCGGCCCCUCUCAGUACUUAAAAAAUCUUUAACUGCAGUGAAAUCCCACUGGAAAGAGAAGCAGGAUUAUGCCUAUGCUUGCGAGCAGAUGAAAUCUAUCCGGCAGGACCUUACAGUUCAAGGAAUCCGUACAGAAUUCACGGUGGAAGUGUAUGAAACCCAUGCCAGAAUAGCUCUGGAGAAGGGUGACCAUGAGGAGUUCAACCAAUGCCAGACACAGUUGAAGUUUCUUUAUGCAGAGAAUCUUCCUGGGAAUGUUGGAGAAUUCACUGCUUACCGCAUCCUCUAUUACAUUUUCACCAAGAACUCAGGAGACAUCACAACCGAGCUGGCAUACCUGACAAAAGAGUUGAAAACAGAUCCUUGCGUGGCACACGCCCUUGCCUUGCGAGCCGCCUGGGCCCUCUCGAAUUACCACCGUUUCUUCUGCCUGUACCGCCAGGCCCCUUGCAUGUCCGGCUACCUCAUUGACAAGUUUGCUGAACGAGAGAGAAAAACGGCCCUCAAAGCCAUGAUCAAAACUUUCCGCCCGGUGCUUCCCGUCUCCUACGUUGUGUCAGAGCUGGCCUUCGAGAGCGAGGAGGAGUGCCAAGCUUUCCUUGCAGCUCUGUCCCUUGUGUACAGUAGCCCCGACGCCACCAAGAUUGACUGCAAGCAGAGCUUGGCGGUCCUGGCCAAUUUCUGAGAGCAGGAAACCCACUGCCCUGUUCUAGCCUGUCUUAACAUGUACAUAUAUAGAGAGAUAUAUAUGUCUGUGUUUGUGUGUGUAUAUAUGUAUAUAAAAUCAGAUACAGUUGGCUGCCAUGGGCAAGCUGGGGCCCUGCUCUACCACCUCUGCCGCUGUCCACCACGCACACGGAUAGAAGAGGGUAAGAUCCACGGACGUCGGAUGGCAUCUGAGACUGCCGGAAGCAGAAGAGCAGAGAGUUCGGUCUAACGAUUCUUGGGGUUUGCCAGCAACAGGGAAAGGAGGUUUCAGGGAAGACUAGUUUUGCACCAGUUUACAAUCAUCUGCUCCCCGCCCUCCUCUCAUGUCAAGAUGCAUGAGACGCUGGUUGCAGUGCCCCUGUCUCUCUCUCUCCCCCCAUGGUCAGAAAUUGCCAGGAUAAAAAGUUGGAAUCUGUGGAUUAAUUAUGGGAGAUGAUGGAAAUUGCUGCCUUGUGUUACCAUCUCUUCAUUGUCAUAAGGAUUCAGGAAGCUAGAAGAUUUUCUCCCUAAUCCACAGAGCAAUCCCUCUAAUUUAUUUUUAACUUUUUGGUAAAAUCUCACCAGGCGCUGUUUUAUUCCACUUGACAGAUCUUAAAAGGGCACCGGUACAUGAGCACGUUACGGCUCUAUGUGAAUAUGUGAAAUAUGGUUUUGUACAGAAGCUACAAGUUGUAAAUAAUAGUAGGCAAACUCUUGUUUCUAAGAGGAAAAAAAUCCAUGUUUUUCUACUUUUAUAAUGAUGAGUUUAACAGGUGGUUUUCUCUGAAGAUGAAAAAUUCAGGUUUUGCAUGCACGUUUUGUGUUCUUUAUUAUGCUCCUCAAAAACUAACACUGUCUCAGUUUUUUCCUCUUCCGAGCUACGGCCUGCCUAUGAAAAAGCUUGAGAGAUGCCACCUCUCCGGUCGAACAAAAAAACCAGCCUGAGGGGGAAAGAGCAAAGCAAAAUCUGUCUUCACAUAUUUCCUACCAGUUCAAAGACUUUUUCCUGAGCAAAGGAGAAUGUGAAAGACUUCUUUGUAACAAAACCCCGCAAGGAUGUGGCAGCGACAACCGAAGCAAAUCCAGCGAAGGCAUGGCGGGCCGCUGUGAAAUCAGAUCGACACACAAGAUGAUCUUCACAAUCUCCUUCUAUUGUGUUCUGGAGUUGUCAUGCUAAGUUUUUUUUUAAUUUAUUUUUUUCUCCCUCUGUCCUCAGUUCUUUACAGGUAAACUUGAAAAUGCACCACCCAUUUUCACUUUCUCUCGUCACAUUGUUUCAAUUUUGUUUUAAAGUUUUGAAAGAUUGUCCAACAGUUUUUUCUGUUGUUUUCUUUCUCCCCCCCUCCUUUCCUCCCCCCUAGUCUCUUUAGCUUCUCAUAAUCCCUUCUUCCCCUCUGUUCUCCUUUGCUCUAACUCCUCUUUCUUUUUGUUUUUGAACAUGUGUAAUUUUGGGAUGUUUUGGCUUGGGCUGGAUUUUUCAAAGAUUCCUUUUUCCUUUUCAGAAACCUGAAUUUUUUCCCAUUUGAUUAAAGUCAGUUUUUAAAAACAGUG